AAAAAAAUGUCUGAUGUCGAAGCAAGUAAAUCUAAUGAUAAUAAUCUAGAAGUAUUUGCCACAAAUCAAGAACUAAUUGAAAGAGUAACCCAAGAAAUUCAUUCACCAUGGAAAUGGAUCCCUAUUAUCUUGUAUUUGAUAUCUGCAAUGCUAGGAUAUGCUGCAUCUAUUUUAUUUUAUUUAUUUUGGGAACAUGUUUAUGGAGGUAAUUGUCCACUAUGGGCUUCAGUAGAGCCUCCAGUGCACCUUAGAAGUAUGAGAAGCAUGGACGGUUCAUUAGUGAAUGGCAACAAUAAUAUUAAUGAAGACUUUAAUGAUGAUUGGAGAACUAAAAUUCAAAGAUUUGGAGCUCAAUGGCUGAUACUACCGCCAGUUUUAAUAUUUCAAAUUAUUUUUACAAUUGUAAUUUAUCUAUCCGUUUAUGAUUAUUAUCAUGGAUAUGACAGCAUGACUGCAGGUUUAAAAAUAAUUGCUGCCAGAUAUAUGAAUCUCACUGAUUUACUUAAAUUUACCAAUGAUUGUGAAUUAGUAAGUUAUUACUUAGAAAUCUAUAAAUUUGACUCUAAUAAUUUAUGUGAUGCUCAAACAAAUUUGGAGUUUACGAUUACGGUGAUGGCUUGGAGCUGGGUAGCAGGUUUGUCCUUCUUGAUACUCCGUAUCAUUGUCGUAAAUGACUUCAGGCUGCUAAAAACAGUAGUUUACAAAGUUCAUCAGAGUAAAAUCUCACUAAAUGAAAAUGAAACUCUUGAGGAAAUUGAUUUUAUACGAUCUGAUACUCAAGCGAGAAGAAAGAAUCGUAAAAAGUCUAAGAAAUUGACAUUUUUGUUUGCUCAAACAUAA